UGGGAAGCGAGACCCCCUCAGAAUCUUUUCCCACAUUUUAGCUCAGCAAAUCUCUACACUUUAUUAUUUACCUCAAAUAAUUUACCUAGGAUUCAGCGUUUUUGUGCCUGUGCAUUUGUUGCAGUUGAUCCGUGAAUUAGGGAAUAUCAACGUGAAGAAGAAAGAGCCUCCGUUCUGUUACCCGUACAGCUUCAAGGCCAGGGUGUUGGUGCUCUCACAUCUGGCCCGCAUGGAGGUGUCGGAGAAUUUAGAGGAAGAUCAAAGAUUUGUGGUGAGGAAGAGUCCAGCUCUUCUUCAGGAGAUGAUCAACGUCGGCUGUCAGCUCACCAUGAUGGCCAACAGCAGAGGAGGUUUCCCCGCUCCCAGACUGGUGACCAUCGAGAAUUGCAUGAAGCUGACCCAAAUGAUCGUGCAGGGCCUGCAGGAGACCAAGUCGCCGUUGCUACAGCUCCCUCAUUUCGAAGAGGAGCACCUUCGCUACUGCAUUUCCAAAAAGUAUAAGGUGCGGACGCUGCAGGACCUGGUGAGUCUGAAGGACUCGGACAGACGUAGCAUGCUGCGUUUCCUUGGGGAGGAGAAGUACGACGAGGUCAUGGCUGUGCUGGGCAGCUUCCCUCAUAUCACCAUGGGCAUCAAGCUGCAGGUCCUUGAUGAUGAGGACAGCAGUAACAUCACCGCGGGUUCAAUCGUCACAGUAACCGUCACCCUAACCAGGAAGCGUAUGGCAGAUAUGUUUGAGAAGGAGCAGGAAGCAUCAAUAUGUCAGGGAGAGGAGACAGCCAACACAGAGGAAGCAGUAAGGAAUCAGGGAGACGCGAAUAAAGCCAAAACUAAAGUUUGGCAGAGCAAGAACAAAGGGGCCAAGAAGACAGCCAAGUCCAAGAAGAAGAAAUUAACCAAGAAGAAAGCGUUGCCCGCUCCCGUUAAAGGCAAGCAGGCUAAUGGCAACGUAGCAGGAAAUGAAAUGGCAGUCACAACAUCAGCUGCAGCAUCCGCGGCGAAGGAUGAAGACGACGAAGCUUCAGAUAAAGGCAGCGAGUCGGACGAAGGCGAAACCAACAAGGAUUCCCCCAGCGAAAGAGACGACGAGAGCGACAAACAAAGCGACACCGAAGUCGACGAGGGGGGCGGAGACGACGAGGAGGAGUGGGAGGCGCUGCAGCAGAGCAUCCAGCGGCGAGAGCGGGCGCUGCUGGAAACCAAGUCGAAGGUGACGCACCCUGUCUACAGCCUUUACUUCCCAGAGGAGAAGCAGGAGUGGUGGUGGCUGUACAUCGCCGACCGCAGAGAUCAGACGCUCGUCUCCAUGCCCUACCACGUCUGCACACUAAAAGACUCAGAGGAGGUGGAGCUAAAGUUUCCAGCCCCAUCCAAAGCAGGCAACUACCAGUACUCAGUCAUCCUCCGUUCUGAUUCCUACAUGGGUCUGGACCAGUUCAAACCGCUUAAGCUGGAGGUCCACGAGGCCAAGGCCAUGGUGGACAACCACCCGCAGUGGGACAUCCCCGACACGGAGGAGGAGGAUGAGGAGCAGGAGGACAGCGACGGCAUCGAGGAGAGCGACGACGAAGACGAGGACAACGACUGACGGGGCGGACGUGAACGUGUCGGGGGGAGGGGGGGCGUCCCCCGGAGCGACCGCCCCAUCCACUCGUGACGAGGAGAAGCCGUGCCUGCCAUAAACAAAAACACACAAAUGAAUAAAUCACUGAGGAGAAUUUCUACACUCAGAACCCGCAACCGUUUUACUUUUACAAUGUCAUAAACUGUGACCCCCGCAGCCCCUUUCGGGGGUCCUGCUCCCAUCUCCCCCCCCCCCUUUCUAUAGAGACUUUGUGUUUCAUCGUCCGCUGCAGGCGGACGUUUCUGUGAAUACUAACAGGCCUGAGCGUGUGAGUAAGUGAGUGUGUGUCUGGUGUGUAAAGUGUAUGUGUUUGUACAGGUAUGAGAGACAAAAAAACAAAAAAAAAAACAAACAAACUUUGGACUAAAGGACCUAUUAUUAUUAAAUGGGUUCUUUUCCUCGAGGCAGAUAAAUAACAGCUGCAUCCAUUUGCAAAACUAACAGAAACACACAAACUCUGUAAGGACGCUGUGCCCACUCUCGCUCUCGCUUUCUCGGUUUUAAAAGCGCCGAUAAUUUCCACACAUCUAUGAAACUUUCUGUUGUACACUUCAUCUGCAGAGGCGUAUAUUAAAGAAGCAUUUUCUCUUUUGAGUGCA